GCCGCCUGCGAUUUGGAGUUUGCUCUCCACACAGUGUGUGCGUUUCCCGGUCGCGUCAUCGCUGCUGCCCGCUUGUCUGCUUAACGACACUUUCUCAAUCCAUCGUUGCCACCAUGAACGGACAGCUCAACGGUUUCCACGACGCUUUCAUCGAGGAAGGCACGUUCCUCUUCACCUCGGAGUCUGUGGGGGAAGGCCACCCAGAUAAGAUCUGUGACCAGAUCAGUGAUGCUGUCCUAGAUGCCCACCUUCUGCAGGACCCAGAUGCCAAAGUGGCUUGUGAAACUGUUGCUAAAACUGGAAUGAUCCUUCUUGCUGGGGAAAUCACAUCCAGGGCUGCUGUUGAUUACCAGAAAGUUGUUCGUGAAGCCAUUAAGCACAUUGGAUAUGAUGAUUCUUCCAAAGGGUUUGACUACAAGACUUGCAAUGUGCUGGUGGCCUUAGAGCAACAAUCACCAGAUAUUGCUCAAGGUGUUCAUCUUGACCGGAAUGAAGAAGACAUUGGUGCUGGAGACCAGGGCUUAAUGUUUGGUUAUGCCACUGAUGAAACUGAGGAGUGUAUGCCCUUAACCAUUGUGUUAGCCCACAAGUUAAAUGCCAAACUGGCUGAAUUACGUCGCAGUGGUACUCUGCCUUGGUUACGCCCAGAUUCAAAAACC